AUCUUAAAGGAUCUUUAACUCUCUGAAACUCCAUUCGCCCGAAAAUGCACGGUCGGCCUCGCAAGGACCCAAAGCCAGAGGAUGCGGCUGCUUCGGUAGCCAAAGCUGAGAAGCUUCGCUCUCUCCAGUCUCAGUUCCUCUCCAACCACCACAAUAAGAUUUAUACUAAUGAAGCUCUAGAGGUUAGCGCGAAGCUGCUAGAAGUCAACCCCGAGUACUAUACGGCUUGGAACUUCAGGAAGCUCGCAGUUGAACACCGCCUGAGUCUGUCCGACCCUGAUCCUGACUCGAUCAAGUCGAUUUUCAGUGAAGAACUCAAAGUGGUUGAGAGCGCAUUGAAGCAGAAUUUUAAGUCGUACGGAGCGUGGCAUCAUCGAAAAUGGGUGCUAAGCAAGGGUCAUUCAUCCAUAGAUCACGAGAUGCGGCUUCUGGAUCGGUACCAGAAGCUCGAUCCUCGGAAUUUUCAUGCGUGGGAUUACCGGAGAUUUGUGGCAGCAUUGAUGAACAGAUCAGAGGUGGACGAAUUACGGUAUACGACAGAUAUGAUAAAUUCCAAUUUCAGCAAUUAUUCUGCAUGGCACAAUCGUAGUAUACUUCUAUCUAAUUUGCUGCAAAGAAAGGUUCAAGGGUUUUUCCCAAAAGAGGUGGUCUUGAAUGAGGAAUAUGAGCUUGUCCACCAAGCGCUUUUUACAGAUCCAGAUGAUCAAAGUGGCUGGUUCUAUUAUCUUUGGCUUCUUGAUCAAACAGUGAAAGCUGAUGCUCCUCGACUUGUUUCUUCUUGGCCUGCGCGUGAUUCUAAUCUCAUUAUAUUGGAAGAUCAGUGUCUGGAUGACUGUGCCUUGUCUCCAUUCAAUACAUUCCAUUCUGAUUCAGGAACAUUUCCACUCAUUGUUUAUUUUAAUCAAGCUGUGGAAGGUGUAAAUUCAUCGACAAUAUCUGUCGAAUCUGUUCUUAAUGCGAACAGUGAACUUAAUUGGAAACCACUUUCAACAAAUAAUUCUCAGACUGCCCAAGUUUGGGUGACUUAUCUCAAUUAUCCCAAAGUAGAUGUCCAUUCAGAAGCUUAUCCUGUGGAGGUUAGCAUUGGACAUUCUGGAGGCAUCAUUUCCUCUAGUGGUUUUCACUAUAGCCAUCCCUCUAGAUUUGCCUUUAAAGUGUUUGCACGGCCUGUUAAAACCCCUAUUGGGCAUGGUGGAGAGAUCAUUUCUUGGCAAGAUGGUAAUUUUGCUUUAUAUGAAACAUCUCCUGAGGAACCAAAUCCAACUAUUUCUUUAGAUCAACUAAAUAUUAAGGAUGACAAUGAGAAAACAUCUUCAGAGUGGCGUGCAGAGACUAUAGCUAAUGAAAUAGCUCUUUUCCGGGAAUUAUUGUCAGAAAUCAGCUGCAAAAUUGGAAAGCUUACACUUGCAAGAUUGUUGAAGGCUCAUGACUUGUUGCUAUCUCCAUGUGCUAAUAAAAUGGUCUAUUCUGAAGAAGUAAUCAACCUUUAUAGUGACUUAAGAACCUUGGACCCACCACAUUCUCAAUUCUACAAGGACGAACACAGCUUAACUUUAUUGCAGCAGAUAACUUCCACUGGAGAGUCUUUACUGAGAUACUGCUUUCUUCAUGGAGAUGGGACUUCAUCAUUUAUUGGUAAUUCUAUGUGCUUACGACUGAAUAAUUUAUCACUGUCGCGGAUGGGAUCUUUUGAGAGGUUAUUAUGGGUUCAAAUGCUAGACCUGAGCUACAAUGAACUCAGAUCAAUUGAAGGGUUGGAGGCAAUGCAGCUUCUUUCUUGCUUAAAUCUUAGCAACAAUAAACUCAGUGGUUUUACUGCUCUGGGACCUUUGAGACUGCUGAAAUCGCUUAAAGUGUUGGAUAUUUCAUGCAACCAGAUAGGUUCACACUCGAUUGAUACAACAAGGUAUAUGUGUUCAUCGCCUUUGUGUCAUACAGAAGAAAUUGAUUGGGGUCGUGAUGAAAUGGUGACUGGUGAUGUCAACCUGGCAAAUUAUUGGGAAGCUUUUGUAAUAUUUAGAGGCUUGAGCUUGACACAGUUAGAUAUUGUGGGGAAUGCAGUUGCUGAUGAAAAAUUAAAGUCAUUUUUGGUCAAGAUUGUGCCUACACUUAAGUGGCUAGAUGGUGGAGAAUUGCAUUAACCUGAACUUUGUGAUGGAAGUUUUAAUAUUUUUUCCCUGCUUUCUCCAUAUUUUGGGAUACGAAUUAAUACAAUCCAUUAAACUUGUUGGAGAACCAUUUACUUUGGUAUACUGAUCCUGGACAUGGGACAUUUUUUCCAGUUAUGUUAGCUUGUACGGUGACACUUGCUAAAGGGAUGCGAACAUUUUUUAAUCUC